CUGGCCUGUCCUUCUGAGACCAGAAAAAUGCAGACUUACUUUUCUGGAAGUGGGAGGGGAAGUGGGUUUUAACAGGGUAAGGAGAAACCACCAAUGGGACCUGUUUCAAUGGUGUUGCUCUUGUCUGCAUGGUCACCUGGGGGGUUGGCUUGUGCCCUGGAGCACGUGCAUCUCUGCCUGAGGAUAACCCAGCCCUAGAAGAGCAGGGAGCCCCCAAAUUCCCAGACUUUGGCACUUGGCUACUUGUAUGUCUUCCUACCUCCAUACUUGGCAAUAAUCUGAGUUAAAUUUUCCUCAGAGGCAAUGAUGUCUCAAUUAUGGAAAAGUCCCUUUCUCCAUCCCAUAUGCCAGAUUUGAGGCAAGAAGUUUUUCUGUGCACCUAAGUACCUGCUGCAUUUCUGCGGGUUACUGUUAGGGAGCUGACCUUCCGAGUGCCAGGGCUCCUCCAGGCUGGGUCCCACCGUCUGUGGUACCCAGCACAUCAGGCAGCUUCCUCCUAAGCCUGACUCCUGCAGGCCUCCCCGGGAGGUCCUGACCCCCACAGCGGACCUCUAAGGCGUUGUUGGCUUUCUAUGUGUAGAAGGCCAAAAGGCGAGUGUCAAGCGCCGAAAGCUAUAGGUCCUACCCCACCAUAUGCGCAGUCAUCGGCAUCCGCAGCGCCCUCAAACCGCCGCAGUAUUGAGUCAUCCUUUGACACUGCCUCGUCCUUGGUGCCACCGCACUCCCGGGAGCAAGAAUAUGCAGACCAUACUUUUCCGGGAGGAGGAAAGUGCUUCUUAACCAGGAAACUGAGAAACUUCCACUGGGAUUUCCUUGAACGGUGCUGCUCGUUUGCAUCUACAUUGGGGGGGGGGGUCGGCUUCCGCCCUAGGGGGUCGCCUGACGAUAACCCAGCUGGGGAAAAGAAACUCCAGUGUGGGCCGAGGUCCGCGGAGCAGAGAGAUGGAGCGCAGCGCGGGCGGCUCCCGGCAGGCGGGCGCAGCAUCACCAGGUCCUGUCUCCUAGUGACCGCGGCGCGCGCGGGCUCGGCGGCAGCUGCAGGGACGACGGCGUGGCGCGGCGCGGGCAUCCCCGCAGCCCCUCCCCUGGGCGCGCGCGCGACCUGGGCGCCAUGGCGGCGGCGGCGGGCCCGAGGCCUGAGGCCGCGAGUCCGCAGUGGGUGCCACCUGAGCACGACCCGACUGGGGCAGCGGCCGGGCCGGGCGACUGCGAGGACGCACCGGUCCGGCCGCUGUGCAAGCCCCGCGGCAUCUGCUCGCGCGCCUACUUCCUAGUGCUGAUGGUGUUCGUGCACCUGUACCUGGGCAACGUGCUGGCGCUGCUGUUCUUCGUACACUACAGCAACGGCGACGAGAGCAGCGACCCCGGGCCCCAGCGCCUCGCCCCGGGCCCCGGGCCCGUGCCAACCUUGGCUCCCCUCCCCCGGCUCGAGGGCAUCAAGGUGGGGCACGAACGGAAGAUCCAGCUGGUCGCAGACAGGGAUCACUUCAUCCGCACCCUCAGCCUCAAGCCGCUGCUCUUCGAAAUCCCUGGCUUCCUGAGUGACGAGGAGUGUCGGCUCAUCAUCCACCUGGCACAGAUGAAGGGGUUACAACGCAGCCAGAUUCUGCCCACUGAAGAGUACGAGGAGGCAAUGGGCACAAUGCAGGUCAGCCAGCUGGACCUCUUCCAGCUGCUGGACCAGAACCGUGAUGGUCGCCUACAGCUCCGCGAGGUCCUGGCCCAGACUCGCCUGGGAAAUGGACGGUGGAUGACUCCGGAGAACAUUCAGGAGAUGUACUCUGCGAUCAAGGCUGACCCUGAUGGUGAUGGAGUGCUGAGCCUGCAGGAGUUCUCCAACAUGGACCUUCGGGACUUCCACAAGUACAUGAGGAGACACAAGGCAGAGUCCAGCGAGCUGGUGCGGAACAGCCACCACACGUGGCUCUACCAGGGGGAAGGUGCCCAUCAUGUCAUGCGCGCCAUCCGCCAGAGGGUGCUGCGCCUCACCCGCCUGUCACCUGAGAUCGUGGAGCUCAGUGAGCCCCUGCAGGUUGUGCGGUAUGGAGAGGGAGGCCACUACCAUGCCCAUGUGGACAGCGGGCCUGUGUACCCAGAGACCAUCUGCUCCCACACCAAGCUGGUAGCCAAUGAGUCUGUACCCUUCGAGACCUCCUGCCGCUACAUGACAGUGCUGUUUUAUUUGAACAACGUCACCGGUGGGGGAGAGACUGUCUUCCCUGUAGCAGACAACAGGACCUAUGAGGAAAUGAGUCUGAUUCAGGAUGAUGUUGACCUCCGUGACACUCGGAGGCACUGUGAUAAGGGGAACCUGCGUGUCAAGCCCCGGCAGGGCACAGCAGUCUUCUGGUACAACUACCUGCCUGAUGGACAAGGUUGGGUGGGCGAUGUGGAUGACUACUCGCUGCACGGGGGCUGCUUGGUCACACGUGGCAUUAAGUGGAUUGCCAACAACUGGAUCAAUGUGGAUCCCAGCCAGGCGCGGCAGGCGCUGUUCCAACAAGAGAUGGCGCGCCUGGCCCGCGAAGGUGGCGCCGACUCACAGCCAGAGUGGGCCCUGGACCGGGCCUACCGCGACGCGCGCGUGGAACUCUGAGGGAAGUGUCAGCUCUGGCCCCCAGCCGCAGGUCGCCUGCUGCCCAAGGUCGGGGGCCCUGCAGUUCCCCUGUCCAGCUGUAGGCCAAAGGCCUGGCCGAUGUCUUGCCUCAUCCCCGCCUCCAGCCGCGAUUAGGGCACAGUUCCUAUAUUCGUGUUAUUUAUUGUGUACAGACCCAUGCUGCCCCGUCAAAUAAAACCACACAGCUUUGA